ACACACACACACACAGGAACCGGAGACCCGAGUGCCACUUAGGGACAAAGUUACAAAAAUAAACAUAUAUCAAGCCAAACAUCGAAGUGAACGAGAGAAAGGAAAGGAAAAUGCGUGGCGGCAGCAACAGUUGGUGCUGCAACGUUGCCAGCAUCAUGACACGCUGCAUGUUGCUGUUGCUGAUCUUGCAAUUCCAUGUCCUGACAACGCUCGCAAGACGAACGCCAACCGCCGUCGCCACAUCAUCAUCAUCACAGGAGAUGAGCCGGGAUUACGAUGGCAUUGCGCCGUCGUUGCCUUCAUUGCCGAAUGCCACACAAAGUGUCAACAACAUUAACAACGCUGAUGAGGAUGCCAUCGAUGGCGAUGAUGAUGACAAGUUGAGUGGUGCCCCAAGUGGUGGCAGUGGCAAUGAGAAUGCCAAACAGUUUGCUCCUCGCUUUAAGAAUCCCAAAAAACUAAGAACACUCUACACCCUACCAUCCGGUGCAACGCUAUCGUUAAAUUGUUUGGCUCCCGGCAAUCCAGAACCUAACAUCACCUGGUAUCGUCAGCACAGCGCCAACUGGUCACGCACCUACGGCAUCUAUCGCAAAACACGUUGGGGCAUCACGAUGGAGGAUCUGGUGCCGGAGGAUUCGAGUCAAUAUACGUGCAAGGUGUGCAAUCCUUUGGGCUGCGUCAGUCAUGUGAUGAACGUGAUGGUCAGCGAUCGUGUCAAUCACAAACCCAUUCUCCUCAAAGGUCCCGCCAAUCUAACGCUGAUGAUCAACGAAAGCGGUCAAAUGGAGUGCAAGUACCUAUCGGAUUUGACCAGCAAAAAGGCGUGGAUAUUUGUGCCCUGCAACAACACCAACGAUUGCAGCAUGAAUCGCACGGUUAUUGCCUCCGAUGUCGAUAUACUGUACUUCAAAAAUGUCACGCUGGAGCAGGAGGGCUGGUACACGUGCACCGAGAGCAAUAGCCUGGGUCAGGCUACCAAUCAGGCGUAUUUGCGUGUGGUGCGCAGUCGUGAGGUCAACAUGGGCAGUGUGAUGCGCAAUAUGCUGACGGUGGGCAUCAUUGUCAUCGUGAUGUUGAUCCUGUUUUGCGUGUUCUUCGUCACGUAUGCGGUGCGCAAGAUGAAGCACGAAAGGUUGCUCAAGCAACGCAUCGAAACUGUGCAUCAGUGGACAAAGAAAGUCAUCAUAUAUAAGCCAUCGAGUGGCGGUGACUCGAGUGGCUCCAUGGACACCAUGAUUAUGCCGGUGGUGCGCAUUGAGAAGCAACGAACAACCGUGUUGCAGAGUGGCAAUGAACCGGUGCCCUUCAAUGAAUAUGAAUUCCCCCUGGAUUCGAAUUGGGAACUGUCUCGUGGUCAACUUGUCCUAGGCGCCACACUGGGCGAAGGAGCUUUUGGUCGCGUAGUCAUGGCUGAGGUGAACAAUGCCAUUGUGGCUGUGAAGAUGGUGAAAGAGGGACACACGGAUGAUGAUAUUGCCAGCUUGGUGCGUGAAAUGGAAGUGAUGAAGAUCAUUGGACGGCACAUCAACAUUAUCAAUCUGCUCGGCUGCUGCAGUCAAAGUGGACCGCUCUAUGUGAUUGUGGAGUAUGCACCGCAUGGCAAUCUCAAGGAUUUCCUCUACAAGAAUCGUCCGCUGACCAAGGAACAGCUGGAGGGGUCACACUCCCCGCCUCUUGCACCGCCACAGCACAUCAUCACCGAGAAGGAUCUGAUCAAGUUUGCCCAUCAAAUUGCCCGUGGCAUGGACUAUUUGGCCUCCAGGCGUUGCAUUCAUCGUGAUUUGGCGGCACGUAAUGUUUUGGUUAGCGAUGAUUAUGUGCUGAAGAUUGCGGACUUUGGUCUGGCUCGGGAUAUUCAGAGCACAGAUUACUAUCGCAAGAACACGAACGGUCGUCUGCCCAUCAAAUGGAUGGCGCCCGAAUCGCUGCAGGAGAAAUUCUACGAUUCGCAGAGUGAUGUCUGGUCCUAUGGCAUAUUGUUGUGGGAGAUUAUGACAUUUGGGGGCCAACCCUAUCCGGCUAUUAUGUCCGCCGAGGAGCUCUACAGUUAUCUGAUGUCUGGUCAGCGCAUGGAGAAGCCAGCGAAGUGCUCGAUGAACAUUUACAUUCUGAUGCGACAGUGUUGGCAUUUUGAUGCCAGCGCUCGGCCGCCGUUUACGGAGAUUGUCGAGUACAUGGACAAGCUGCUGCAGGCCAAAGAGGAGUAUCUGGAUGUGGACAUUGCCAAUCUGGAGACACCGCCCUCGACCAGUGAUGAGGAGGAGGAAGAGGAUGGCUCCGAUAUGGAGCAAUCGCGCUAUCAUUAUUAAAUAAGGCACUUCGAUAUAAACGAUGACCGAUUGCCACAAAUCAAUUUAUACUGUACAUACUUAGCUCUCGGGCCAUCAACUAACGAUAAGUCUGUAAAUCGCUUGAAAUUUCAAAAUGCACCAAAGGCAUAUACCAAAUAUUUUUUGAUUAGCUCUACGAUAAAAUUAUGUUAUAAAUUAUUAUCUUUAAUUACAUUUAACAGUGUACGUUUUGUGUGCAAAAUAAUGUGAAUUUUCAAUAUAUAAAAACGAAUUGUCUGCAUUCUCUACAAACUUUAAUACUCGAUGUGCACUUCGUUGAAGAAGAAGUCACGAGACUUUGGCUGCUAGUCCCAAGAUAUCUCAAACAUAGUAUUAGACAAGUGGAAGAAACAGAAUAAAAUAUAUAAGCACCAUAUUAAUUAAAAAAAUGCAGCUUAUUGCAUUUAUUACCUUGUUUUAUAUAUUCAAAAUUUACAUUGUAAUUGCAAAUGAGCAAAAUUUAAAUUAUGUUAAAACGAAAAAAUGAAAUAUAUUAUAGGCUGCAGUUUUAAUGUAUACCUUAUGUUAGUUAUCCACAUAUAACGGUUGUAUUUGCACAUGUUGUAUUUGUAUUUCGUAUUCGUAUUUGUACUGAUUUACGCAUUAGUAUUUGGAAUUAAGUUAAGAAGAAUAGAACACACAACAGUUUCGAAUAAGUGAAAUACUCUAUAUGUACAUUGUCUAGUAUUUAGCUAUGCAUGCUCUCCGAGUGCCUUAUGGAACAAUAAAUGUUGUACUCAUAGUCUUAACCCAGCUGGCCAGAAACAAAAAAAACAAAAA